UUGCGAGCCCGCCGAUAUACCGCGCCUCUCUCGCACGCUCGUGCGAUCGCUACGUGCACGCUUUGAUCGCGACAAACUGCGUGGUUGCGCGUUGACCCAGUUCGCCGAGAGACACGGGAGCGCGACGAUUGAACGCCACGGUGUGGAGAAACAGGGGAGAAAGGUGGCAAGUUGACGGAGAGAAGGGGGCAGAGAACGGUGGAGCGUCGACGGAGAAAGAAGCGGCGGAAUAAUCGAGAGACAGGAUAUAUCUGGUGACGGGAUCGAGUGUCGGCGAAGGGCGGCAGUGUAAACACGCGCGACUCGCUGGGAGGCGCCGCGAGGCCGCCGCCGGAGAACAGCCGGAGAACGUCGCAGGGAAUCCUCCUCGAGCAGCGUCGCUCACAUGGUCUGUGUUUUGCUCGUCCACCCUCCUCCCUGCGUGGCUCCCGCCCGGCACUCGUUCACGCGAGCGAGCCGAACCUGCUAGACGAGGCGCGUGAACGCUGACACCGGAGCCGCCUCCUUUAACCCUCUCCCGUGUGAUGACCGCGAGACGGUGCUGUCGGUGAGCUGCGCGCCGGUUCUAGAUCGGCCACGCUGGAAAUCGCCGCUGACGCGUCGGCAUAGCCAGUAGGAUCUUUCCCGUUGACGCAUCGUCGUCUCGUGUCCAUCUACGCGAGUGUCAGUUUAUACCGGACGCUCGUGGGAUCUCCUGUUAAGUCGUUGUAGAACUACUUCGCACGACUGCCGGAGGUCAAGAGCAAAGGGAUCGCUGACGACGAUCGACGGACGAGGAGGGAGACCAGCGAGCAGCAGCUUCGGCUACUUCGUCUCCGCUGAAACGCGUCCUUUGCUGGACACUCGCGGCGGACAGCUUCCAUCCCCGCCCACGAGAGGACUAAUUCACUCGCGGCGAGUAUCACGGUGAUCGAUACGAUGGAUACGUUCCUGAUAAUAGGCAUCUGCUUCCUGUGCUACGAGAUGUGCGACCUGAUCCGGCGUUACGCCACACCGCAAUCCGCGGAAAAGCGCCGCUCGCUCGAAACUUCCGCAGCACCGCCCUCGCAACGCGUGUUCUCGAUCUCCCACAGGAUGCAGAACCGUCCAGCCUGUUGCCCGCAGUAAGCCGAAGAUCAUCUGCCCUCAUCGGCUUACCGAAACCGACGCGACGGUCCGCCGGAACUUCCCGCGAACCUACCGAAACUUCCAGCCGGACGUCGGCGAUCCGUCACCCAUCGACGCGUCGGCCGCUGAGCGUGUCAGCUGAUCCUCGCCGGACACCGAUAGAGAAGAUACACUUCCGCGAUUGGCUCGAACAGUUCCCAGCUAAUGAAGAGCGCAGGAAUAGUCGGCCGCUGAAGAUUCUUCCGCGACUGCGGCGGUCCGGAGUGUCCGCAUUCUGGAGCACGGUGGCCUGAACUAAUUCACUCGCCUAAUUCACCCGCGAUCUCGUCUCCGGGAGACUCGAUACAAUUCCGACUGCACGAUCAACGCGGCGAUUAAUCGUCCGACCGAUCCUCGGGCGCAGAGAGCAAUCUUCCCGCAAGGGACUCGCCGGGACAAUACCGGCAUUGACGGGAAGAUUAGAUCAAAGAUCCAGCUGCGCCGACAUUAACCCGAAUUCCGUUCUCCCAAAGGAAUGCAGCCUAGAAUUGCGUGACGGAGGCGGAACGCGAGCAUUAAUCCGUCAACCGAUCGACCGACGGACAGCGGUCGGAGCAAGGCUCCCGGUGACGUUUACACGAAUCAGCAUGACAGCGCGAUCCUAAUAGAGCCGGGGCGAAGCGUCGGUCAGAUCGAGCCGAGCCGAGCCGGCAGCCGUGUUCUCGGCCGAUAGCACUCGGCGUCGCGAGAGAAGGAGCGCGGAAUUCGUGUGCCAGCGGCCCGACAAAUCUACCGGACAUGAUGGAGCGUGUCCCGCGGCCGGAUCGAUAGGGAGACGACGCGAGUCGUGCCGAUAGGAUCGCCGCAGCACGUACACACCGGCAAUCGCGAUCGAUCGCGACGAUUCGGAUCGAUGCAGCGGAGACCGUGCGCUGCGUGAAAGAUGCGCGCUCCAGCGGAGCCGAGGGCAGCGGAAACAUCCUCGCGUUGCUCCCGCGAGUGUCGUUUAAACUGAGAGUCGAUGCGACAACGGGGAUCUCACUCCCGGCGAAGUUGCUCCGUCGCGACGACGAGCCGUUUCUGUAUCCCUCCUUCAAAACAGCGGUGUUCCUCGACGGAACGUCCAGGUUUCCCGAUCGUCGCUGUGUAUCGGUCUCCGCCUCUUCGUCCCGCGAGUACAGUUACGCGCGGAUGCAUGGGAAUACGAUCGCCGACGUUCCCCGGACGCUGCCGGGAUCCGAAAAGAAACUCGUGCACCGAGAGACGCUGAACCGAGAGUCCCGCUGGCUGGCUGCACGUGGCGCGAUUCGAGGCGCUUAUCGUCCUUGGAAGAUCGAGACCCACUGGAACUCGAUUCGACCCGUUGCGUUCGGCCUAGCUCUUUGCCGCCACCGUGCAGAAUAAAGUCCCCUCGACGUUUCAGACUGGAGACAGCGAACGCUUCCCUUCUCGGAGAAUCGUCUGGAAGCGAAUGAACUGUUCCUGGACGACCAGCUUCGAUCCAGCUCGACCUAUCGCUUGUCCAUGUGCUGUUUCUGUUAAGUGCUUCAAGCUGUCGUUACACGUCCGAAUGGUUAUUGUCGAGAGUUUCGUCGGUUGAGAUCAGAGACUGACUUCGGAGGCUGAAUAGAGGACGUUUUCUAUCGGCGGCCAGCCAGCUGCGGCUGGUCCUUUAGGGGAUUGGUUGAAAAAGUUACCGGAUCGUUGCGAUAGGAGAGGAGAGAUGGACUCGUUGGAACGACUGAUGAGCGCAGGAGUGCACCAGCCAGCCGUAACGGCGGCCGCCAGGUCGCCAAACACCUUCGUGCAGGCCAACCUUUGCUCUGUAAUUGGCAGGAAGGGUCGUCAUCUGACUGGCACUUUCUGCUUGACCGGGGACACGAUGGAAGGCAUUAUACAAUGUCUCGUCUUCCUCAAAGCCUUCUCGCUGGUGGGCGGUGAAUUCGACAUGGAGCUGAACUUCGUGAUUCAGGACGCGCAGAACAUCAGGCACAUGCUGGAACUCCUUGAUCAUUGCCCGCCCAAUCUCCAGGCCGAAAUAUGGAGCGUCUUUAUCGCAAUCCUGAGGAAAAGCGUGCGGAAUUUGCAGGCGUGUACGGACGUGAGCCUGAUAGAACACGUGUUGCAUCGGCUGUCGCGCGCGGAAACCGUUGUCGCAGAUUUGCUCAUCGAUAUGCUCGGAGUGUUGGCCAGCUACAGCAUAACGGUGAAGGAAUUAAAACUUUUAUUCGGCGCUAUGAAAGCAGUGAAGGGGAAAUGGCCACGGCACUCGGCGAAGCUGUUGAACGUUCUCCGUCAAAUGCCGCAGCGAAACGGACCCGACGUGUUUUUCAGUUUUCCCGGCAGGAAAGGAUCGGCAAUCGUCCUGCCGCCGCUCGCGAGGUGGCCACACGAGAACGGGUUCACGUUCACCACGUGGUUCCGACUGGACCCCAUCAAUUCCGUUAAUAUCGAACGCGAAAAGCCAUACCUCUACUGUUUUAAAACUAGCAAGGGAGUGGGAUACUCUGCGCAUUUCGUAGGGAACUGCCUGGUCCUCACCUCGAUGAAAGUAAAGGGCAAGGGCUUCCAGCAUUGUGUCAAAUAUGAAUUUCAACCACGCAAGUGGUAUAUGAUCGCCGUAGUGUACAUAUAUAAUAGGUGGACGAAGAGCGAAAUUAAAUGUUUGGUCAACGGUCAAUUGGCUUCGAGUACGGAAAUGGCAUGGUUCGUUUCGACAAACGAUCCCUUCGACAAAUGUUACAUCGGAGCUACACCAGAACUGGACGAAGAGCGCGUGUUUUGUGGGCAAAUGAGCGCGAUAUAUCUGUUCAGCGAAGCUCUGACUACACAUCAAAUAUGUGCUAUGCAUAGACUGGGGCCUGGAUAUAAGAGUCAGUUUCGUUUUGACAACGAGUGUUACCUGAAUCUGCCUGACAAUCACAAAAGGGUGAGUGAUGAGCCGGAGCUCACGAGCAUGGUGGACCAAAGUAUGCAAACUGUGCUUUACGAUGGCAAGCUGUCAAACGCAAUUGUGUUCAUGUACAACCCGGUGGCAACCGACUCCCAACUUUGCCUGCAAAGUGCACCGAAAGGCAACGUCUCCUAUUUUGUACAUACACCGCACGCCCUCAUGCUGCAGGAUGUCAAAGCUGUCAUCACGCACUCCAUUCACAGCACGUUGAACUCGAUUGGCGGCAUUCAAGUAUUAUUCCCUUUGUUCUCGCAACUAGAUAUGCCUUACGAUUGCAUAGCACCGAACGAUGUGAAGCGAGAUCCAGCGUUAUGUUCGAAACUGUUGGGGUUUAUCUGCGACCUGGUGGAAAGCUCGCAGACCGUGCAACAGCACAUGGUACAAAACAGAGGAUUUUUGGUAAUUAGUUACAUGCUGCAGAGAGCGAGCAGAGACCAUCUGACCACGGAGGUGCUCGCGUCUUUCUUGGAGCUCACGAAGCACCUGGUGACCUGCCUCAGCGCGAACAGCGACUUGUUGUUAAAACAGUUGUUUUACUUUUCAUUCCUAACAUGGCAGCUAUUGGACCACGUCCUUUUUAAUCCCGCUCUUUGGAUAUAUACACCGGCGCCGGUGCAAACCCGGCUUUAUUCAUACUUGGCCACAGAGUUUCUCAGUGACACGCAGAUAUACUCGAACGUGAGGAGAGUCUCCACAGUAUUACAAACGGUGCACACGCUUAAGUACUAUUACUGGGUUGCUAAUCCGCGAGCCAAGAGUGGCAUCACGCCGAAAGGACUCGAUGGACCACGACCUCAGCAGAAAGAUAUUUUGACAAUACGCUCUUAUAUUUUGUUAUUUCUGAAACAACUGAUCAUGAUCGGGAACGGAGUAAAGGACGACGAGUUGCAAAGCAUUCUAAAUUAUCUGACGACCAUACACGAGGACGAAAACCUGCACGACGUUCUGCAAAUGCUUAUAUCGUUGAUGUCCGAGCAUCCAUCGUCGAUGGUGCCCGCGUUCGACGCGAAGCAAGGUGUUAGAACGAUUUUCAAGCUGUUAGCAGCCGAGAGUCAGCUUAUUCGACUGCAGGCUCUUAAAUUAUUAGGUUUCUUCCUCAGUCGUAGUACACACAAGUAUGAAAGGAAGUAUGAUGUGAUGAGCCCUCACAACCUGUAUACCUUGCUGGCCGAGCGGUUAUUGUUGAACGAGGAGACACUGUCGUUGCCAACGUACAACGUUUUAUACGAGAUUAUGACGGAACACAUUAGUCAGCAGAUCCUCUAUUCUAGACACCCUGAGCCGGAAUCCCAUUCCCGGCUAGAGAAUCCAAUGAUACUUAAAGUAGUCGCAACCCUGAUACGACAAUCAAAGCAAACGGAACAACUGUUGGAGGUGAAGAAGCUGUUCCUGUCGGAUAUGACGUUGCUCUGCAACAACAACCGCGAGAAUCGUCGCACGGUUCUGCAGAUGUCCGUGUGGCAAGAAUGGCUGAUAGCCAUGGCUUACAUCCACCCGAAGAACACGGAAGAACAGAAGAUCUCGGACAUGGUGUACUCGUUGUUUCGCAUGCUCCUGCAUCACGCGAUCAAGCACGAGUACGGCGGAUGGCGCGUGUGGGUCGACACGCUGGCCAUUGUGCAUUCCAAGGUAUCCUACGAGGAAUUCAAGCUUCAGUUCGCUCAGAUGUACGAACAUUACGAACGACAGAGAUCAGAUAACAUUACGGACCCUGAGCUAAGACAGCAGAGGCCAAUCAGCACUAUCUCGGGAUGGGAUCAACAGCAUUCAGGGAAUAAUGGGUACAACAGACCGUCGCCUUGGGGCAAUCAACAAAACCACGAUGCGCAACACAUUGAGAGAAACUACAAGGAGUUCGAUGCACCGGAAGGCAACGAUCGCCUGGAAGAGUCCUGCAGCUGCGAUCUGAACUCGAUAGACAACACGGAAAGCGACGGCAGUCCCGCGAUCGUAAAGUCGCACAGCGAGGCGCUGGACACUCCCCAGUCGAGCGAAGUGAUAUCCUUGGAUUCUAGAUUGAGCGACAAGCCCGAGACCCCGACGACGGCGCGGGAAAUGCACACGGACACACCGACCAUCCUCGAAGAAGCCAACAGCGAGGCAGUGUCCAUACCAACCACCCAGGAAACCAGCGAAGUUAUAUCGAUCGAGAGCUCCAGCGACUUCUACAGCGAGGUGCAGAAGAUUAAAGGUUCUAGCCCGGACUCGAUGGUAGCGCAAGAAGCUUUGAAGGAGGACGAAGAACCAUUGGACCAGAAGCCCGAAGAACCUGUUCCCGAAUCGACGCCAGUCGAACAGCAGCCGGAGGAAAGUAAAAAGGAAGAGGUACAGGAAGAAGAGAACGCGACGACUAAAGACGAAGCGAGUGUCGCUGAGACUGCUUCAAAAGCUGAAUCUCAGGAGGACGCUGCGGCUCCCACGGAGAACGAGGAGACUAAGGAAAAGCCGAAUGCGGUGGAAGACACCGAUAACGAAGACGUUGGUUCCAGCGUUGCGGAGGUAUCCGAGAAAACCGAGACGACGGAAGAAACGCCAACGGAAACAAUUGCCACGAUUGAGCCAGCUGUCCCAGAGAACCCGGCAUCCGACAGCGAAACACCGGAGCCGCUGACUAUCAAGGAUAUAGAGAAGCUACAAUUGGAGAACGACCGAGAGGUGAUCGACAGCGAUACCUCGGAAGCGUACUUAACGCCGACGGAGAACCAAGAGAACCUAACCGAGAUGAAGAGCAAGGAUGCAGAGAAGACCGAUGAAACCGUGAACGUGAACGAAGAGCUCGAGAGCCCGAAGAAGACGGCCGCCGAGGCCGAGGACAGCGAGAAAGGUACAGAGGAGGACUCAAAGAAUCCCAAUUGCUCAACUAGCGUAAUAGAAAGUACGGAAACCAGCGAGGAGAAGGUAGAAGUAGAAGAGGCGAAAGUGGAAUCAGUAGUGACUAGUGAGUUAAGUAGUGAGAAAUGCGCCGCGGACUCUGCAACGGAGGACAAAAGUGCUGUUAUUAAUGAUAACGAUGACGAGAAGGUAACUGACAAACAUUCAAGGGAGCCGUCCACUAUUUCUACUAACGUAAGUGAUAAUAAGUCAGACAUUCCAGUGAGGACUGACGAGUUAGAGGUAACAGAUAGUGUUUGUAGUAAUAGCGAUAUACAAAGUUCUGUAGAUAAUGUGACGCAAGUGCCAAAUCCUAAGCAGCAAAUUCCAACAAUAUCUACGGUCUGUGAUGCAAAUAAAAAUAUGCCCGACGAUGUGCCUCAAAUCGUUAACUCGAUCGCGGUUACGAGGGACAAUUCGUUAGCGAACGACGUAACCCCGGAUCACGUAGAUACCCAUCGCAGAUCCAGCCUGCCGGCUGUACCCUCCGAGACGGCCGCUGAUGAGAACGCAAAUAGUAACGAACCUCCUUCUUUACCUGUACCCUUGCGGAAAACAUCGUCACCACAGAAACGACCAAGGAGUGCCUCAACAUCCACGCAAGUGGACCCCAAUCAUUUUGAAUCAAAAAGAGCCAAACAAGGAAAUCCUUCGACGAGACCAAUGUUCAGUCCAGGGCCGACUCGACCACCUUUCAGAAUACCAGAAUUCAAAUGGUCCUACAUACACCAGAGACUACUCUCGGAUGUCCUCUUCUCGUUAGAGACAGACAUUCAAGUUUGGAGAAGCCACUCGACGAAGUCAGUGCUGGAUUUUGUGAACAGCAGCGAGAACGCAAUUUUUGUUGUUAAUACUGUUCACCUGAUUUCGCAACUGGCCGACAAUCUGAUAAUCGCCUGCGGAGGGUUGUUGCCACUUCUAGCGUCAGCGACAUCGCCGAAUAGCGAAUUGGAUGUAAUUGAACCAACUCAGGGGAUGCCAAUUGAGGUAGCGGUUUCUUUUCUGCAAAGACUAGUCAACAUGGCUGAUGUACUUAUCUUCGCCAGCUCUUUAAAUUUCGGUGAACUGGAGGCCGAGAAGAAUAUGUCUAGUGGCGGUAUUCUAAGGCAGUGUUUACGACUGGUCUGUACAUGUGCUGUUAGAAACUGCUUAGAGUGUAAAGAACGUGGCAGAUCGUACAGCAUGUUAGGUCGGCAGAUUGGUACUAGUAAUAAAUCACAGCACAUACAGUCUCUCAUACGAGGAGCUCAAACAUCACCCAAGAACAUAGUGGAUAAUUUGGCCCAUCAAUUAAGCCCUGUUAAAGAUCCUGAGAAAUUGCUGCAAGACAUGGAUGUGAAUCGUUUAAGAGCUGUGAUAUACAGAGAUGUUGAAGAAACCAAGCAGGCCCAGUUUCUGUCCCUGGCUAUAGUUUACUUCAUCUCUGUACUAAUGGUAUCAAAAUAUCGUGAUAUAUUGGAACCACCAAUAUCUCAACGUCCACCAAGCCCAGUUCAAACAAUACAGACUAAUGGUGCUAGUUUGAGACCAGGCAGUCCAUCAGCAGAUGGGAAUGGUGGUGGAGGAGGGCGGCCCCUGUUUCCACAGUGGUCUCACCACGUGUACCCACAGUUCCUCCCGGGAUCUCACCCUAACGCCAAUGCGAAUGCCAAUGUCAAUGCCAACCACCACAUCAACCAGCACCACCACCAGCACCCGCUACCGGCUGCCAGGCACUCUAACCGCCAGCCCCCCUCCAACUAUUAUCUCCCGAAUCACCACAGUAAUCAUUAUAACCAUCAUCCGAAUAAUCAUAACUAUCAUCGUCAUCAUCAUUACCAUCAUCACAAUAUCAACAAUCACCAUCAUACGCUUCAAAAGCAUAUCGAUCAGCCCCGAAAUCUCUGUCAUAGAAACUCCGGUCUCGGUCUGCAAGGGAGCGGAGGUAUCAUGAGCCAAGCUGGUUCUCAAGAUGACGGUGAAUAUGAAGUAAUAAUUGUCGACGAGAACAAUCCGUCGAUCUUGGCGGAUCACGACGUUACGUCGUCCGGGCCACCAUCGACGAAGGGAGGUCACAGUGGUGUACCUCGGCCACGGACAAUUCUCGAGGAUUACACCUCGUCAGAACCAACGCUUGGCUCUACGACAAGACCCGAACCACUGCCACGAAAUAUCCAGAGCAACGACUCCAGCGAGGAGACAAUGCACCGUAGCAAUAUCACCGUGGAUGCCAGUCCGUCCGAUGUCACCACUGACAAUGAGAACAAGCAUAACUCCUCCGAGGAGGCUUGGACUGACGUAAACCUGAACGAAGACGGGGACACUAUCCCGAUUACCAAUCAGAGAGAAGAUCCGCGGAAUAUUCACAAUAUCGCUCAUUCCCGCGGAGAAAUUCAAGACAACGAAGGCAACGUCCUGGACCAAGAGAUGCUCGGUAACGCGGAACGCGGCGAAAAGCCAUCGGCGGAGAUCUCGGUGGUCCGCGUGCCGGACAGAUUGGUGGUGACUUCGGCGUCACCUCGGCCAGACGAAUUGCCGAUCAAGGGACUGGUCGAUCACCUGCCGGUGCCGACGCCCUCGCGCGAGGCGUCGCUCACGCAAAAGCUCGAAAUGGCGUUGGGUUCGGUGUGUCCUCUCCUGCGCGAGAUCAUGGUGGAUUUCGCGUCGUUCCUCUCGAAAACCCUGGUCGGCUCCCACGGUCAGGAAUUAUUGAUGGAAGGAAAAGGCCUGACCACCUUCAAGAACAGCAACUCGGUCGUGGAGCUGGUGAUGCUACUUUGUUCCCAAGAAUGGCAGAACUCCUUGCAGAAACACGCGGGCCUCGCGUUCAUCGAGCUCAUUAACGAGGGAAGGUUGCUGUCUCACGCGAUGAAGGAUCAUAUAGUCAGAGUGGCCAACGAGGCUGAAUUUAUCCUGAAUCGGAUGAGAGCGGACGACGUGCUGAAGCACGCUGACUUCGAGUCGCAGUGCGCGCAAACGUUGCUCGACCGGCGGGAGGAGGAACGGAUGUGCGAUCAUCUGAUCACAGCCGCUCGCAGACGGGACAAUGUGAUCGCUAGCAGAUUACUGGAGAAGGUCCGAAAUAUUCUGUCUAACAAACAUGGCGCAUGGGGAUACAUGGAUCCAAUGGCUGCAAAAUUGGCCGAAUACUGGAAGCUAGAUGCUUGGGAGGAUGAUGCACGUAGACGCAAGCGUUUCGUGCACAAUCCACUAGGCUCGAGCCAUCCCGAAGCUACACUGAAAGCGGCCCUCGAGCAUGGUGCACCCGAGGAUGCGAUCCUCCAAGCGCGUGAAGAGUUUCACGCGCAUCUCGCAGCCUCGCGUGCACAUCAGCAGCAAUUGCAGUCGGCGGAUCUCAUGGAUGACAGCGAGUUGUUGUCAGACGACAGAGAUCUCGACAACGACCCGACAGGCCCGGUGAACAUCAGCACGAAAGGAAAAUUGGUAGCGCCAGGUAUCGUGGCUCCCGGUAUCAUCUCCGUCACAUCCACGGAACUCUACUUCGAGGUAGACGAGGAAGACCCGGAGUUCAAGAAGAUCGACGCCGAGGUACUCAAAUAUUGCGACCACUUGCACGGAAAAUGGUACUUCUCGGAGGUCCGAGCGAUCUUCUCCCGCCGCUAUCUGCUCCAGAAUGUGGCCAUCGAGAUCUUCCUGGCCAGCAGAACCUCGAUCCUGUUCGCGUUCCCGGACCAGGCCACGGUGAAAAAGGUGAUCAAGGCGCUACCGCGAGUCGGCGUGGGCAUCAAAUACGGGAUUCCGCAGACUAGGAGGGCAUCGAUGAUGUCGCCCAGACAGCUGAUGCGAAGUUCGAACAUGACGCAGAAGUGGCAGCGGAGGGAAAUAUCCAACUUCGAAUACCUGAUGUUCCUAAACACGAUUGCUGGACGAACAUACAACGAUUUAAAUCAGUAUCCCGUGUUCCCGUGGGUGUUGACCAAUUAUGAGACGAAGGAGCUCGAUCUUAGCCUGCCCAGCAACUACCGUGACUUGUCGAAGCCGAUUGGAGCGUUGAAUCCGAGUAGAAGAGCGUACUUCGAGGAGCGCUUCCAGAGCUGGGAACACGAUAGCAUACCGCCUUUCCACUAUGGCACGCACUAUUCCACAGCAGCUUUUGUUCUGAACUGGAUGAUCCGCGUGGAACCGAUGACGACGAUGUUCCUAGCCCUCCAAGGCGGCAAGUUCGAUCACCCCAAUCGCUUAUUCUCCUCGAUCGCUCUGUCAUGGAAGAACUGCCAGCGGGACACUUCCGACGUGAAGGAGCUCAUCCCGGAGUUCUUCUUCCUGCCGGAAAUGCUGGUGAACAGCAAUCGGUACCGGUUGGGUAGGCAGGAAGACGGUAGCGCGGUCGGAGAUGUCGAAUUACCGCCGUGGGCAUCUUCUCCGGAAGAGUUCAUAAGGAUUAAUCGAAUGGCUCUCGAAUCGGAAUUCGUGUCUUGUCAAUUACACCAGUGGAUCGAUUUGAUAUUUGGUUACAAGCAGAAGGGGCCGGAAGCUGUGCGUGCGACAAACGUUUUCUACUACUUGACGUACGAAGGCAGCGUGGACUUGGACACGAUAACGGAUCCAGUGAUGAGGGAAGCCAUCGAAACUCAGAUACGAAACUUCGGGCAGACACCCUCGCAGCUGCUGAUGGAGCCCCAUCCCCCAAGAAGUUCAGCGAUGCAUUUGAGUACUGCAAACUUUGACAAGGCGUUGCCACCCGUGUUGCAGUCGCCGAUGAUGUUCUCCAGCAUCCCCGACGACGUGUGCAUGACCAUCAAGUUCCCGUCGAACUCGCCGAUCUGCCACAUCUCGGCGAACACGUAUCCACAGCUGCCGUUGCCAUCCGUCGUCACCGUUACCACUGGACAGCAAUUCGCUGUUAACAGAUGGAACACUAAUUACGCUGCAUCCGUGCAAUCACCGAGCUACGCGGACACUCCGCAAGCGCAGGCUGCCAAUCAACCGUUGUCUAUGGAUCCAGUUCUCUCGCAAGCGGCGAACAGUUCGAAUCCAACGCUACGCAGACACUUAGGCGACAACUUCAGUCAGAAGUUGAAGAUCCGCAGCAACUGCUUCGUCACCACGGUGGACAGUCGAUUCUUGGUAGCGUGUGGCUUCUGGGACAAUAGUUUCCGAGUGUUCUCCACUGAGACUGCCAAGAUCGUGCAGAUAGUAUUCGGCCACUACGGUGUCGUCACGUGUCUGUCUCGAAGCGAGUGCAACAUCACUUCCGAUUGUUACAUAGCGUCUGGAAGCGCUGAUUGCACCGUUCUCUUGUGGCACUGGAACGCCAGAACGCAGACGAUCGUCGGAGAGGGUGAAGCGCCAGCGCCGAGAGCGACGUUGACGGGACACGAACAGCCUGUCACGGCUGUCGUCAUAUCGGCCGAGUUGGGCUUAGUAGUUUCUGGCUCUUACUAUGGACCAGUUCUCGUGCAUACAACUUUCGGCGAUCUCUUGAGGUCGCUGGAAGCUCCGAACGGGUUCUCGUCGCCUGAGAACAUCGCGAUGUCCCGGGAAGGCGUCAUCGUGGUGAACUACGAACGCGGGCACAUAGCCGCGUUCACUAUAAACGGGAAACGCCUUCGUCACGAGUCUCAUAACGACAAUCUUCAGUGUCUUCUUCUGAGCAGAGACGGCGAGUACUUAAUGACAGGAGGCGACAAACGGAUCGUGGAAGUUUGGAGGACUUUCAAUCUUGCCCUCCUCUAUGCAUUCCCAGCUUGUGAAAGCAGCGUGCGUUCACUGGCACUGUCUCACGACCAAAAGUUUCUCCUGGCCGGAUUGGCGAACGGGUCGAUCGUGAUCUUCCACAUCGACUUCAACCGGUGGCACCACGAGUUCCAGCAACGUUACUGAGAUUGCUUCGCGUACGUCUAGCAGAAUCGUACUCCUACGAGCGCGCCUCAUCCGUUGUCCGAGCUUCUAGCGCAACAGCAGCAACGGAUCGUCUCGAAACCAUGGAUGCGUCGCGACGGUAACAGCCUUCAAGCCACCUGAGGAUCACUACACAACAAAAAUGAGAAGAAAACGAAAAAAAAAAGAAAGAAAGAGAGAUGAAAACCACGCCACGUCUACGACAGACCCACGACUCUACGAGAAACAUUCGCAUCGCGCAAUCACGCAGACUCAAGGGAGGAUGGUAUAGAGACACGUUCGUCGAUCGCGAAUCGGGUCGCCGGUUCCGACACAGUGAACUCUGGGUUCGAGGUGUUUCACAGACAGGAGCAACGAGCAACGACGCUUUCGUAACCGUUUAUUACAAUCAAGUUGUAGAAUGGGCGCAGAACAGUAGCCGGCGUGCAGCAGGUAUUUACGAUAUUCAUGCGUUUAGCAAUAAACUCGCUUUCGCGACUCUUUAAACAAUUCAAGCAGUGCUUCCGUGAGGCGGCGCGAAUCAACGGCGACGCGCAAGCGAUCAGUGGAACGAAUUCCCUUGAACAGGAGGUAACACACGUCAGGCCGAAGACAGUGAGGCUCGCGUCCGUUUAGGAUCUUUUCAAUUUUCCAAAAUGGACGCGAGACGCGGCUCGAAUCGACGGACUGCGACUCGGUUCAAGGGAUUCAGAGAGAAAGCCGGACGCGUCUCUCAACGCUAGUCAAUUACGAAGACUCGGAUCAAUCUGUAUGCUUGCGAUAUGUUCGACGGCCGGUUCUCUUAGUCGCUCUCUUAGCCGGAGUGUAGCGCGCUGGUCGAACGAUAGAUUCUCGGGCAGCACGCUUCAGGAAAGAGGGGAUCGUGACCGUUCGUUAAUCCCGCCUGGAAUCACGUGGGUACGGCCCUCGACACCUCUAGCGCUAGUAACGUCCCGUUGUAAAUACAAAGGAGGAACGGAAGAGGAAGGGAAACAGACAAACGAUAAUCUCUGCGACGUAUAAAUAUACAUAUAUAAAUAUACAUAUAUAUAUACAUACUAUAUAUAUAUAUAUAUGUAUAAUUCCGUAACUAGGGUGGCGAGCGAAUGAGCGAAAGUUUGGGGAAAGAAACGUGUACCGUUUCGAUGGAGGAUAUGUUUCCAGUUGUACUUCUGCGCCGAUGUCGUAAUUGCCGCUCGUGAUAAACACUUUUUGGCUAAGCACUUAGUGGAAUUCAGUUUAACGACAACACGUGUACACCCACGCGGGAUUCGUCGUACACGUAGACCGUUCACUGAUCCGCGCAUACGCGUGCACGGAACGUGUACAACCAGGUCCGCGCGAGACGCACUUCCGCCAAAAGAGGGGCGAUCGACGCUUUUUCGCGGAGCCGUCUACGCUGGAUCGCCCGGUCUCUCGAGGAACACACCCUCACAAUCAUCACCGCCCACCAAUACCAACCACCAAUCCCUGCAAACACUUCCUACAAAAUCCCCGACGUUCACGUCCUUCGGAAGAGAUCCUAAUUUUUAUCAAAGCCGUCCAGCUUAACUUUUUGCGAGGAUAUUUCUUGGUAUUUUCGCACGCGAGGUAUAAUUAAUCAGCAAGACAAAACGUUAUAUAGGCUUAAAGAGAUCGAGAAGUCGCAUCCCGAAUUCAUUCCCAGCGAUCCUCGAUCGUGCGGGUAUCGACGUUGUUCGUGUGUGAGCGUGUCGCCCGUUCGCCGAUUCGAGUGGGACAUGGACUGGUCCGGGCGUUUGUUUCGUGGAAAGAUUGCUGGAAGCUGGAAUCGCGGAGAGACGAUCAACGAGGAUUGAACGCGUUUCAGGCCCCCGCGGUCUGAAUCGUCGCGGCCGAUAGUGUUCGAGGCUUCUAGACGACCAUCUCCCUGUGACUUUAUACUCAUUACAUUCUGUAAACAGUACUUAAGCAAAUUUACCUGAUAGCAUCGAAGUACUAUGAAUCAGUGUACUUAAAUAACGUACUUAAUAUUACAGAUAUAAUAACUCCAAGCUCGGUACUUUGUUUCUCAUUGCCGAUUUAUUUUCUAUUUCGUAAUAUUUCGAGGAUCGUUUCCUAUGAGCUACAAGGCAGAUCGUAAUCGAAGAAUAAUUACUUACUGAAACGCGUUCCGGAAGCCUCGAUCAGAAUUGAUCAAAGAGUGAGCACAUGGAAACGCGCAGGAUAGAAGGGAGCGAAGGUUGGCUAGCACGGGUUAGAGGCAUAGAGUAAUUUCGUUCGCGCAUGAUCUAAGCGACCCUCGUCUACUCGCCGUUCCGCCGUGGAACGAACGGCUUGGUCGCUGUUCCGUGGGAGAGAACGCCGCGAGCGGAUUCGCAGCAGCGUAUUUGUAAACUUGUCGUGUCGUGUGCGCGCAGCUUCGAUUGUUUGCACUUGCGGGCCGAUUGCCGGAGCACGUUUCGCUGUCGCGUUUACUUACCGUAGGCAGUAGCGAUUUCUUCUGUCCGAUGUACGAGUGCCGAUUGUUUCCAUACACGCGUACACACGCUUAGCGGCCGUAGGUCUCUCGAUGUGUUUCCUUUCGUAACGGGGUCGGCGACGUUUCGCAAGUCGGAAGGAUCUUCGUGCGGGAGAGAGGAGCAGGACAAGAGGACGAAAGGACAUUGGCCGGACGAAGGGAGGCGAGGGCGCGAAGAAGGACAGUGUGAGAGGGACGCUGCGUAAAUGAGGAUAAUUCGGAGCGAGCGUUUACGGUCCAGCCGGUGGUCCGCGCGACCCUCGCGGCGUGAGUCUAUGCUCCGUGUACAGUCGCGGAUUCCGAUUAUUCGGUUGGUGUCUGACCAUACGCGGGCUGAAUCUAGUUGCGUUAAUGCCUUUUCCUCGUAACGUUAGAGACCGAAAUCAAAGAAUUCGUUCAAUAGCUUAGGGAGCAGGGAAUCUUUACGUACACGUUGCUUAAUCGAUCAGGUGGAAGGGAGUGUUUCAAUAUUUUUACGUAGCGUGCUUUACUAUUUCAUUUUUCUCAUAUCGUUCACAUGGUUCUUCGUCGGAAGGACUCGAAGGUACAAACGGGAGCCACAGUGUCCUCGAGCGUAUGGUCAGUGCUGUACUUAAAAUCAAAACAGGGAACGAGAGAACGAUCGAUCCGUCGGCGAAGAUGGAACGAAUUCGAUACAAUCGUAACGCGGCUCGCCCAGUCGCGAUCCGAGGGGGAUGGACAUCAUCGCGGACGUCUCAGGAUGUAUCUAGUCAGGACUCACGAGGUCGGAAACGGUCGCGGGCCACCGUCGGUACCAAUUUCUUAGAUGUCGAUACACUUAAAUCAUAUACAGUACUGGAACUACGUGGUAGAUAUAAAGGAUAAGUUGCAUGGUGCCGUCAUUCUAGCGAUCAAUCACGUUCUUGAGCUUGCGGGGAACCACGAUAUGUAAACUUCGUAAUUGUUAUACUAGGGUAUCGCCGGAUCCAAUCGUGCGCCCGUCUCGCUCGUCGAUCGUACGAUUUCCGCGCGUGCUGGGACGGGUCGCACGCGUGUUAAGUGAAGAAGACGAAGAAGAAGAAGAAGAAGAAGAAGAAAAAGAAGAUGACGACGACGAUGAAGAAAACGACAAAAAAAA